GCAGGCCUUGGAAUCACAACAUUAAGACUCACAAAUUGGCAUGUGAAUUUCAGCAAAGAAUAUAAACCCUUAAAUUGAUAUUUGCUAAGCGAGGUAAUGCUAGAUUUAUUUGUUUUAAUUCCACCAAAAACAUUUACGUGGAAUAGGGUGUUUUUAUUAGAGGCAUUUCUUAAGCCAAUUUUUAUAUCUCCUUAUGGUUUUGCCUCCUGAGGUGACGCAACCGGCAUUUAUUUUUUGGGACAUAAAAAGUACAACUUCGGCAAGGCGACAUGGUUACCGCACCAGGACUGAGCCCUGGUUGAAGCCAAGGACAGUCAGUUCAUCCUCAUGUGGUCACAGAUCUGUCCGAAAGCGAUGCAGCUGAGCAUGCUGCUGCAGCCCAGAGCCAGCAUGAGGUUGGAACACUCCCAUGUUCGGGGCAAAUGAGGAGCAUAUCACAGAGAGCAUGAUGAUGGGGGAGCCCUAUGGAAACCACUCUAGCUCCAUACUCGACCAUCAACAUCCCUGACCGGGGCCCGCAGAUCAUCAUGAAGCCAUAGCUCAUGGUGUAGCAUGGUAUUGAUGAUAAAAUGGAUUUAGACUUUUCUUAGUACAGAUAUGCUGUAUAUUUGGGAAAAGCUUAGCAGGGAAAUGGUUAUUAUCUUUUAUUAUUAGUGUAAUGUUAAAAAAAGUUACUUGCAUGUUUUUGAAUUGGAAUUGGAAUUCCAAUUGGAAUACGUUCAAAGGCUACUACUUACAUAAACGCCGAAAGUCAUGUGAAAGCCCAUAAUUAACAUAUUCUUGAGAAAGAAUGAGGCGGCAAUCAUCUAUCCACAGCCUCCAUCCGGGGUCGGGUUGACAAGAGGAGGUAUCGGAGGCGGUCCAUGUGGCUGGUCGGAGGAAGGUCGACUGCAAGGGUCGGUGCGGCCGUGCGGAAGAUGUUCAUGUUAACGCACAAACUUGAGCGUGGCUGUAGGGUGAUCCCGUACACCGGAUCCAUACCUGGUGGGCUGCACACCGGGGAGAUCAUCAUCGUCCAGGGCACCGUCCCGCCAGACGCUGACAGGUUCCACAUUGAUCUGUCAAGCGGAUGCAGUACUAAGCCAUGCUCCGACAUCGCCAUGCGAUUCAACGCCUGCUUCGAGGGCACACCUAGCGUCACCUGCAACUCCCUCACGCAGGAGCGCUGGGGCCAGGAACAGACGCUCCAGCAGCUCCCCUACAAACAGGGAGCGCCCUUCGAGACCAUCAUACUAGUGCACGAAGACGUCUUCAAGGUGGCAGUGAAUGGCACUCACUUGCUGGAAUACAAGCACAGAAUUCCUCUGGACAGGGUCGAUACAUUUUCCCUUUCUGGGAAAGUGAGGGUGAAUGCGAUUGGUUACAUACCAAACUCAAGUUUACCUUACAAAGGCAGUAUACUCAAGGGGCUGAAGCCAGGGCAGCACAUCACAAUCAAGGGACAAGUCAGCAUGUACCCUCACAGUUUCACGGUGAAUCUUCGCAACAGCAGGACAGAGAACAUCGCUCUCCACCUGAACCCGCGCAUCAAGUCGGGCGUGUUCAUCAGGAACUCGUACCUGGGUGAGGCGUGGGGCUACGAGGAGAGGGAGCUGCCCUUCUUCCCCUUCUCCCCGGGGGAGUACUUUGAGAUCCUGAUGCUCUGCCAGCCCCACCAGUUCAAGCUGGCGGUCAACGGCUGCCACCUGCUAGAGUUCCGGCACCGGGUGCAAGACCUGAGCAGCAUCGACCAGCUGGAGAUCAUGGGAGACCUGGAGCUCAGCGACGUCAAGCUGUGGUGAACCCGGGCCCGAGCGAGACGACGGGCGAGGUCAAUGCAGCUCUUCUUUAGGAGGGUUCCCAGGGUAUGGUCGCUAGGUCAGGCCAGCCUAGUCCAGCAUAUCCCUUUGAUUUGGUCGCUGGUGCUGAAGACCGUCUCAGCAAUGACAGUGGAUGCUAAGAAAACAAGAGCGGUCUUGUGCUGAUUAACAUCAAGGCUAGAUGGGUCCGUUGGUGCCAACAUCUCACUGAUUUCAGGCGAAUCCAGCAUUUACUUACCACUGAUAAUGAGGAGCUCUAGGUUUAAACAUGAAUUUUAAGGCCAAUGUACGAGUCCCCUGCCUCUUCUUGAAGGAAAUUAAGUGCAUGAGCAAACUAGGGUCGGCCGGCUGCAAGCUCUUAUAUGAUGUACCACUACUGUUUACAGCUAACCGCUUCCUAGGUUCAUUUCUGUCUAUAAUAGUACUUAUACUGUAAUAUAACAAGUAACAAUUUGCUAUCCUCAUUAAAAUAUACAUCCUCAAUAACAUGAGCCACUAAUAAAAUGAAGGCUUCCUGAAAUGUGAUCUUGGUACUUGGGCAAAGGUUGCCGUACAUUAAUGUAUGUAAAGAAACAAAAAACACUCCAAUGUUCAACAUGAAACAGGUUAUUACCACAUGAUGGUGAUGGCCUGAAGCACAGUACAGGACUGCUUGAAAUAUUCCAACUCAGUUAAAUACAAGCAAGAUUGUGCAACUUAUUAUGCGUUCUUUAGUUUUUAAAGUUAGCCUGCUACUUAUUGUUUUUUUAAUCCUUCUGAUGAAUCAAUGUGCUCCGGUCUCUGCCCACUUUUAUACUGCGCAGCGUUACCUAUUAUGUUGUCUAAUUGGAGGUAUUAUUUAACUAAUGUAUGCACUAUGAAAUUGUUUUAUUUCAAAUAAAUGUAUCACCAUCAUAUUAUAAAUGUGUCAGACAGUCUUGAUGUCUUUACAUGCAAAUCAAAUGGAAUAUUAAGCAGGCGGAUGCAUCAUAAGUACAAAAAUAUAUAAAAGGUUGAUUGGAUUUCUGUAUCCCUUAGGUUUUUUUUAUGUGAUUGCAAAAAAUUGUAUGUAUUGAUCUUUGGGGCAGAUAUAAACUAAAUCCUGUUAUGUUAGAUGGAUUCAUUAUCGAAAAGGUCCAUCUUUCGUAUUUGUCCACAAGAUGGUAGCAGAAUGUCCAAGACUGUCAAGACAACAGUGAACUGAACACAUGUAUAUAUUAUGUUAGUGUCCAAUGAACGCUGGCCUGGGUCACAGGCCUGACUUUAAAGCAGUGCUUUGUCAGAUUGUGUCACAUGACUCUCACAGCAUCUCACCACUGCUGGGUGACCCUAAUGAGGACAUGCUCUGGUCUCAUAUAAAGUUGUUUUUUUAUUAUGACCCACAACAAAUAGAACUUUGAAGAACACAAAAAAAUAACAAUGGUGAGGCACAAUACUGUCUUUAUCUGUUGUUUUUAUAUACAUUUAUUUAUAUAUAAAAUUAAAAUAAAAAC